UUCUGUGCCACAGCAGCUUUGUUGUUUCAGGAAGAAUAAUGAAAUUGCUGUUGUUCCAUUUGUCCAUCCAAGACCACUUCGGGGCUCAGAGCUCAGGAGUAUCGGGGAAUCUUGCUAAUUUAAAUUAGGUUAAAUAGAGUUUUAAAAAAGGGGAAGAUAAAACAAGAUAUAACACUAUCAUUUGUUUAGUAUUGUGCUGGAUCAAAGUUUAUACUGAGAGAUGGGGCGCUCCAGUGCAGUUAUAAAACCGCUGAUUUUCUUUACAUUUUUUCUUCAUCUUUCAUCAUCAAUCACACACUCUCUGCAAUAUGUCAACACUGCAGUUACACCAGUAAUAAAUGUCCCAGAAUACACCUCUGUGGGUCUGGUUAAUAAAGAGCAGUUUAUGUACUAUGACAGUGAGAUCAGGGAGGCGAUCCCAAAGACGAAGAUGAUACAGAAGGUGGAUAGUGAUAUCCCAGACUACUGGAAGCAACGAACAGAGCUUUUUAAGUUUUGGCAGGGGAGCUUCAAACCUUUUCUGAAUAUAGUGAUGAAUGACUAUAAUCACAUUACAGGACUUCACACACUACAGUGGAUGUAUGGCUGUGAGCUUGAUGAUGACGGCACCAUUAGAGGAUACAGCCACAUAGGAUAUGAUGGAGAAGAUUACAUCACUUUUGAUUUGAAAACUAAAACCUGGAUUCCAGCCACACCUCAAAUUGUGAUGAGUAAACAGAUUAAGAAUCUUAUUGCAGGUUUGACCACUGAGGGCCGGAAGAACUACCUGGAAACCACCUGUAUCGAGUGGUUAAAGAAGUAUGUGUCUUACGGUGGAGAGACUCUGGAGAGAAAAGUGAGUCCUGAGGUGUCAGUGUUCCAUAAACACUCUCCUUCUCCAGAGGUGGUGUGUCACGCUACAGGUUAUUUUCCCACACCAUUAAACAUCACCUGGCAGAAGGACGGAGAGGACGUGUAUGAGGACGUGGAGCUUAGUGAGACGUUACCCAACCAGGAUGGAAGCUUCCAGAAGAGAAGCAUUCUGAAAGUCCCAGCUGAGGAGCUGCAGAAACACACCUACACCUGCGUGGUUCAGCACAGCAGCUUGGAGGAGGACUUAGUGCGAGAAGUACCAAAAGGUGGAAGAUCGAUUGCUGUCAUCGCUGCUGUAGUUGCGGCUCUCGUCGCCGUUGUUGCUGGAAUUGUGGUCUGGAAGAAGAAGAACUCUGGUGAGAGGAGGAAGGAGGCAGAUGGGAAGUCUUCAGAGAACAGAUUUACACUUUCUAAUUCCUGAAAGGGGAUCUGAUGAAUAUUUUGCUUCUGUUUAAGUUGAACUGAUAAAUUAGAUGAAACAAUAAGCUGAUAUUAACUAAUUGUCUUGUGAAAGUAAAUCCAGUAGACAGAUUUGAUACUAACUGUCUGUCCAUCAUGUGUGUUUCAGCCUUCUGACCUGUUCCCCCCAAACCCUAUAAGUGAACCUUUAUGAUCCAUAAAUGAUGUUUAAAACCACUACAUUAUUUAUACACAGUGUUUAGUCACUUUGUGAUGGAUGUGAAUGUUUUACAGCCUCUGAAGGAGAUUCUUCCUCCAACAACUCUUAAAGUCUGACUGUGUGACUUCCUGCUGAACUGAGAAAGAAAAAGGAGAAAGAGGGAGAAAGAGAGAGAGAGAGAGAGAGAGAGAGAGAGAGAGAGAUUUACCCAACACACAGAGAUUUACACAGGCAUUGAACUAUUUUGACACUAACUUUAAAGAAGUGUUGCUAUUUUAGUGAAUUUUAACAAAGAUCUGUAGUUUGACAUCAUUAUAUUAUACAGUAAGUCCCAUACAUACAAAAGUUGUCAACAUCAUAAAAUAGGAACAUGCAUGUGUGGAUGUUUAAAUGCAGAGUUGUUACAUGCAUGCAGCGUGCAUCCCUGGAUAUCCAGUUUUAUGCAUUUUUUAUUUAUGUUAACGAUGGUGUUCCUUUCCAUACCAUUGGUUACACGUUCAAGUAUAGGAAAAAGAACACUAUUACUCAUGUGUAUAAAUGAAAUGGCGUGACAGUUUAUCUUUGAAGAUAGAGAUUAUUUAAUGAAGGGCAAUCCAUAGGACUGAGGCAUUUUAGCACGGAACAUCAGGAGCAAGCGUAAAAUCAGCAGCAAUAAAGCUGGUACGGCUAAGGAGCACCAAGACAAAAGUGAAAAUAACUGAGAGAAUUGAGCAAGAUGAAAAGAUGGCAGACAUUGUUCCUUCUAUUUAUAUAAGCUAAUCAAACAUUGGCACCGUUCUAAAGAAUAUUGUACUGUAAUAUCUUGUGUAUAGCUGAAAAGAUGGAUGUGUUUAAUAUUUGAAUAUUUUAAGUGUCAGUGUGUAGUAAUAAAUUCAUACAAAAAAAAAAAACAUGCAUGAGUCAGGCAAUGAUAGAUAUUAUUUUAAUAUAAUAUUAAUACUAUUACCUUUAAGCUCAAAUGUUAUUUUAUACUAAAAGACUAACACUAAAUGUGUAAUAUAAACACUUUUACAUGAGGGUAAAUAGUGAAUAUUAAAGUUCAGGUGUAAUGUGGGUCUCACUGCUUUCUGAAUCAGUCAUUACAUCACCUUUCACAAACACACUGUAAUAAAACCUUAUGUACAGUAGGUUUAAUCUGUUGAACUGAGUGUAACAUUUCUGCUCUAACCGUAUUAAAAAUAUGAAAGAAAAUUCAUAUGAAU